UGUAUUAGGUGGUUGCCAUGGAUUGGCGGAGAAGGGAUUUGGCUAAGAUGUUGGAUUCUCUCGUUGGGCGCUUUCAUGGCAGGCGUUUUCUUGGGCUCGCUUUCAAUCAUUUACUGAGAAGCGAACUUGAUUGCUAAUCUGGUCGAGGGACAGUAAGCAACUCGCUGCCAGCCUCCCCCUUCUCCUCCUCCUCCCUUCCCCAUGCUGCCAAGUGCCAGAUCCAAUGUGGGCAUUAUGCCUUUAUGUUUAAAUGGAGCCUCAACGAACUGGGGAUUUUCCAUCAAGCGAUCCACCAGGACAAGCACAUCGAAGAACAGUAACACAACCUGUCAUGCAACUAAUAUGUACUCCAAUUCUAAGGGUGACUAUAUAAGAAGUGGUGUAAUAUUGCAGAAUGCUGAUAGCAUGUGCACUCAAAUGAAGCUCAUUCAGAAAGAAACCUUAUUUUCCUUCAGAAAGCAAAUAAUGUUUCAAGGCAUAUUUGGACCAUCGUCUCAAUCUACACAAGUAAGGUCUGCGAGAAAGACUAGUGUAGAAAGAGAUAAGCAUCUCACAAGAUCCAACCCUAAAGAUACAUCCACAAGAACACAAUUGAAUGCUUUGGAGUCUUAUCUUGAGAAGCUUGAUCAGGCUGAUAAGCAGAGAGGUCCAGACAUUGUUGAUGGUGGAGAAACCAAGUUAAUGGAAGAAUGUGGCUCUGCUGACAACUACAUUGGCAAGCUUGUCUCUGGCUCCCAGGAAAACUCUAAAGGCAACAAUGACGUUGCUGCAUCAAUUCUGCUAUCAAGUUCUGAACAGGGUGAGGGUAAGGGAUAUGAUUCAGACCGUUCUGCUUCACUGGAGAUAGACAAAAGUGUUUUGCUAUCAUCUGAUGAUAUUGCUGAUGCAAUCGAAGAUGCUCAACCUGACAGUGAAGGAUCUCAUCUUGGCAUAGUUGGCAUCUUGGUAGCAAUAAAUGUUGCUGUAUUCUUGUUUGAAAUGGCAAGUCCUGUAAAAGGUUCUGAGUCUGAGUACCUAUCACUCCCCUUACUGUAUGGAGCAAAGAUAAAUUGGUUGAUUCUGAACGGGGAAUGGUGGAGGCUAGUGACACCAAUGUUUCUGCAUUCUGGACUUUUUCAUGUAACUCUUAGUUGUUGGGCACUCCUUACAUUUGGCCCUCAAGUUUCUAGAAGAUAUGGCUCUCUGACCUUCUUCCUGAUAUACAUCCUGGGAGGAAUUUGUGGCAACAUGUCAAGCUUUGUGCAUACGCCUGAGGCAACUGUUGGUGGAACUGGACCAGUCUUUGCUAUUAUCGGAGCUUGGGUCAUAUACCAGUUACAGAACAAAGAAACUGCUUUGAAGGAGAAUUCUGAAAGCAUGUUUCAGAAGGCAGCAAUAGUGACUGCUUUAGGUUUUGUUUUAAGCAGCAUCUCACUAAUUGAUGACUGGACGCAUCUUGGAGCAACUUGUGCAGGCCUUCUGUAUGGUUACCUGACAUGUCCUGUAGUUCAACUAGGUAACACAUCUCUAAGGGACGGCAGACAGGAGGGGACUGCAAUUGUCAAGAGAUGGACAGACCAAUGCAAAUCUUUCUUAACUUUCUGCGCCUUCGUUCUUAUUUUGGGUUCUCUCUUUUUCCUUUUCCAAGAUCAGAUGCAUGCAAAUGUAGAUGGUGGUGCUCUGUGAAAGAGAAGCGAUCUAUACAUGUAUAAAUAGAUGUUAAUUUUUCUUUUUUUUUUCCCUCUAUUUAAUAACGUAUAAGCAUAUAAGCUCGAAUGUAUACUAGCUUCCCGGCAAAUGAAAUGGAAAAUUUACUUCUGCCAUCAA